AUGGAGCAGCGCAAAAGCUCACCGCACUUGUGCGACAUGACCUUGGUCUCCAAAGACGAUCACGGCGUGGAGACUUCAAUUUCCGCCCAUAAAUGCAUUCUCUCCAUCAGUUCUGGUUACCUCGAAAACGUGAUUAAUCUGCCCGACAAUCACAAUCACAACCUACAGCUCGACAUUUCCUGCAUGGCUGAUCCGACGAGUAUAAGUCAGCUGGUUGACUUCGCCUACACCGGGAAAAUCUCCUUCACAGCGACGGACUUUGACAGACUGGCGACGGCGAUCGAAAAGCUUCAGAUUCGGAAUAUUGACGAAGUAUCCAUCAAUAAAAUCCGGGAAGACAUUAAUCUAACUAACUCGAAAAAGACACUUCCAACUUCGGAAGUAGAGCCAACUUGCCCCGCCACUCCUCCUCAGGCCACUCUACCUCGUGUUCAGCAAAUCAUGCUCUCGCCUUCUCACAUCAGUAGUCAACCAAAAGUGAUCCCGUUCGGCGUUGUCCCAGUAGAAUCAGCUGCAUCAGGGCCAGCUAAAAAAGGAAGACCGCUUGUUCCGAAAAUCGAAGGAAUUCCACACCAUUUGAUUGGCAAUAACAUUCAAGUGCUGAUACAAGACCCUAUCAUGUCUAUUCCAAAGAUUGACUACAGAGGAGACGACAGAGGAGAUCCAGUUUUGGAAGAAACUGACAACUUACUGAGCCUACUGAAAAUGAAUUAUGACGAAGUUGCGAAUUGCGCACGAUCACAUCUCGAGAACCUAAUCGAGCGGCUGAAACUGACGAAUUCUCAACGUGCUGCAAUUUGGGAAGUUCGUCGAAAAUCGAAGAAUAGAAUCGCGGCGGCGCGCUGCCGUAAGCGCAAAAUUGAAGACAUGAAGGAGAACGACGAGACGAUCGAGCAGUUGCGCACGAUCUUUGAAACGAAACAAAAUCAGAACUGGGAGCUGCGAGCAGCGCUAGAACAGGUCCUCGUUGAUGUGGCCAAAGAGCCGAACCUCGACAACUCGCAAAAGUCGUUAUUGGAGCAAGUGCGGAAAGCACUCGCUGAACCCGAAAUCGAAAUAGCCGGGGACAUUGAGAAAUUACGACCUGCUUCUGAUUACGUUAACGUGAGAAGUGCGUAA